AUGACUCUCAAGGAGGUUUCCGAUAUAACUGAUGCUAAUACCGCUGCUAUCACUCAACUACGCUCAGAAUUCCAAUCCCUUUCCACGGAUCUUACUUCUCAGAUCGAUACAGUCAAAACCAGCUUCAAAGAGGCAUUACAAGAAAAUAAUCGAAAUCUCAUCACCUUAUUAGCUCGGCCUGUGAAUAAUCACCAUUCUGAAAAUUCAGGUGGUUCUCAUAUCCAAGAUCCUGAAGGUUCAAAUAAUAACCAUAAUUUUCGAUCCCAUUCAGGUAAUAAUCAUCGUCUUCCAAAGCUUGAUGUUCCACAUUUUGAUGGUAUUAAUCCUAUAGUUUGGCUCCAUAAGAACGAAAGAUAUUUUCAAUUGAAUGAUAUUGAGGAACAUAAGAAAGUUGAUAUUGCUGCAAUUUAUUUAGAAGGAAAAGAAGAAAAAUGGUUUCUCAAUUUUCAGGUGAAUCGACCACGUAUUACUUGGACAGAUUUAGCCAGACACUUAUGUGCUCGAUUUGAAAAUCCUAUAGAAGAAAAAUUUGUAGGAAGUUUCAACAAAUUAGUUCCAACCAACACAAUUGAUGAAUACUAUGAGGAAUUUGAAUCUCUUAAGGCCUUGAUGCUAGAUGUGAACCCUACACUUACAGAAACCUACUUUGUAAUGAGUUUUCUUAGUGGCCUAAAGGAUGAGAUAGGGAAAUCUGUGUCUAUGUUUCACCCACAAACAUUAGCUGCUGUUUUUUCAUUAGCUAGAUUAGAAGAGCAGAAACUCAGUUCAGUGACCCACCUCCCUAAAUCUUAUACUAAACCCUUUAAUUCACCUUUGAGCUCAAAAAAACAAUACCAAUUUAACAAUUUCUCUCCCAGGCCAGCUCCUACAUCUCCUAAAUCUGCCCCUAUGACUCCCAAAUCUUCCUUUCACAACCAUUCCAAACCUACACCCACCACCCCAACAAUUAAAAAGCUGACACAGGAAGAGAGGAACAAAACAAGAGCUCAAGGUUUAUGUUACAAUUGUGAUGAGGUGUAUAGGCAAGGUCAUUUUUGCAAAGGAAGGCAGAAGAUCUUUAUGCUCCAGGUUGAAAAUUCUGAAUCACAAGAGACCGAAGAGGAGGAAGACAUCUUUGAAGAAGCUGUAGAUUCACUUGUUCAGCCUGAUAUGGAGAUUUCAUUACAUGCUUUGACUGGCCAUGCCACUUGUGAUACUAUUAGAAUCCCUGGAGUCCUUAACAAUCACAAAGUCUCCACACUAAUUGACUCAGGCAGCACCACAAGUUUUAUUGACAGUGCAUUGGCUACUUUCCUCCAGUGCAGCAUUGAUUCAACUACACCAACGAAAGUCACUGUUGCAAAUGGAGAGCACACACUCAACCAUGAUAUUUGUCCACAACUAAAAUGGAGCAUGCAGGGCCAUACUAUUGUUGAGAAUCUAAGACUUUUACCAUUGGGAGGCUGUGAUAUUGUCUUAGGUGCAGACUGGCUCAAGACAUUGGGUGAUGUUCUUUUUAACUUUUCAAAACUGAGCAUUUCAUUUAAGUAUAAAGGUAAGAAAAUUACCUUACAGGGUGUGGGGAAACAAACUUCUUUACUUCAGAUGAGUGGCGAAGCUGUUAAGAAAUUUCUUUCUAGCUCUUCUCAUGGCUUGGUGGGGCAUUUAUUUUCCAUUUCUACACCCACUUCACCACCUACAACACCUGAUAUUCUUUUACCCUUAUUACAUGAGUUUGAUGACAUUUUCCAAGAGCCAACUCAAUUGCCUCCACAAAGAAACUUGGACCAUAAAAUUCCCUUACAACCCAAUUCAGCACCUAUUAACCUUAGAUCUUACAAGAGCCCCUACAUUAAGAAAGGUGUGGUGGAACAACUGGUUCAAGAAAUUUUAAAGUCUAGCAUCAUCCAGCCAAGCAAUAGUUCCUUUGCAUCACCUAUACUUCUAGUAAAGAAGAACGACAACACAUGGAGAUUUUGUGUUGACUGUAGAAAACUCAACAACAUUACAGUCAAGGACAAGUUUCCUAUUCCAAUUAUUGAGGAAUUAUUGGAUGAAUUGAAUGGAGCUAUUGUCUUCACCAGAAUUGACUUGAGAGCUGGAUAUCAUCAAAUCAGAGUACAUCUCUCAGACAUUUUCAAAACUGCCUUCAGAAUACAUCAAGGACAUUAUGAAUUUAAAGUGAUGCCAUUUGGCUUUACUAAUGCCCCAGCCACUUUUCAAGCCUUAAUGAAUGAGAUAUUUUAA